GUGUUGAAAUUAUAUGGAAAAGAGUAUGUGGUAAUGACUGCUGUAAAGAAUUUAUCGAUCUUUGUCAUAAUUGUGAGUUUGCUGAAAGAAUAAGCGGUCCGAAGAAUGCUGCAUGCGAGUGCUGGCUAUAAGCCAUUAAUGAAGCCUUCAAUAAUAACUGCUGCAGUAGUAAAAAUGUCUAAAUAUAUGAUUCGUAUUCAUAAAUAUGUGGGCAAUUUCUUUGUAUAAAUUUGGACCACAUCAAAAAAGUCUUUUUCCUGUCUCUUCAUUCCUUGAAAGCAUACAGCUAUGGAAUACACUCUAUAUAUCUUGAUACUUUCUUUAUGUUGCAUCAUAUUGAUCUCUUCAACAGAAGCGGCCGCACAUGAUGCUAUAUUCAAUCUCGAAGCUCAAAAGCGGGAGGCCUACAGUUUCCAAAGUCAAAUAUCACCCAUUAUGAGCUUAUUGAACAAUAAUAAUAAUAAUAAUAAUGGCGUCUUCCCAGUAAACCCUUCAGGAAUAGUAGAGGCGUAUUCCGCCUUGCCUUCUUCGCUACUCUCUGACAAACCACAAAGCUUGCAGCCAUUAUUAGUUCCUAAUGCUGUUCCAUCAACACAUACAGAUGGAGGGUUUUCGCAACCAAUCGGCCUUGAAGAAUACCUUUCAGAUAGAGAUAUAGACGUAUUGAUUUAUUGCUUGUCUCAUGAAGAUCGAAUUUUAUGUAAAGGCCUUUUUGAUGUUAUCCACUUGUAUUUCACAGAAAAAAUGAGCCAAGAUCAGGAGCUUGUAGAGUAUCUAUCCAACUCUAGGGAUUAUAAUGAAGAAAGUACCGCACUGUUUUCUGAUUGUCCUUGUAUAGCUGAUCAUACAAGCAAUAACCCAAGCGCGCCGAACGACGACUUGGAGGUCGAAUAUGUAACAGAAGUUGUUACAAAAGUAGUAACAGAAAAGGCUGCCGUGUAACCAUCCAAUGCUGCAUUUGCCCAUAGUGAUUUAUUCAACAAUUCCUGUGUUAAGCAAACUGCUUCUAAUAAAUCAGAUAUGUCUCUAAAAUGC